GUGUGUGUGAAUUGUUUUGCCUUUUUGUUCGUCGUUCUUCUGCGGUUUUGGUUUGGUGUGUCCACUGAAUGGGUCAAGCGCUGAGCGCCUGUUUCGGGCGUACGCUGAUCAUUCACGAUGUGAAAACAUGCUCCAAUCCAGAUUGUGAUCCGGAUCUGAAGCCUUCGUCGGCGCGUGAGCUAGAGUGUUUGAUCGAUCGCCUGGAGCGUAUUGUGGAUCGGCUAGAGCGUACGGUUUCGGCGCGAGAGUUGGAAGAAACUCGGCGUAUUCUGAAAGACGCUUGUGUGGUGGGCAAGGCGGCAAUCCAGACCAACGACGGCAGGGCGGCGAACACGGUCACUCGCAGGGCAGUUGUGAACCGGAAUGCAUUUUUGACGAAAGAACCCUCCGAACAGCGCGACCUACCGACGGUUCUUCCCUCGACACCACCACCUUCGGCGUCGUUCUUGCACCAGCAGAUCGACAGUCUCGAGAGUAGCCUCUUCCCCGCGUUUACCGAUCGGCUGCCGGCACACGGGAGCAGCAGCGCCACCGCCGCCACCACCACCACCGAACUAUCCACUGUAAUACAUACUCACUCAUCCGCUUUUUUAAACCAUACUAAUCCUUUGACCGCUCAAGAGCAACGAGACAACGCAGUAUUAUCGUUCGCCACGCAGAACAGUGCCGUAGUAGUGCCGGCGGACCCAGUAUCGAGAACGAUGAGUAUUAACGCGUACGAAGAUAUUGUGCUCGGCUCGUUCGCCAGCUUCCUGACGCUGGCCAACAAAAUCGGCGGCGAUGUCGCCACGCAGGCCCAGUUCGUGAAGGAAGCGUUCGACGUCCAGUUGACGUUCCUGAAGGUGGCCGCGGCCUCGAGUGCGCCGUCGUCGAACGCCGAUUUGCAAAGUUUACUGAAACCUACCUCGGACAAGAUUGCGACCAUCCAAAGUUUCCGCGAGAAGCACCGUACCUCACCGUUCUUCAACCAUCUGUCCGCGAUCAGCGAAAGUAUUCCCGCGCUGGGAUGGGUCUGUGUGGCCCCAACUCCCGGUCCGUAUGUGAAGGAGAUGAACGAUGCCGGCCAGUUCUACACCAACCGGGUGCUGAAGGACUGGAAGGAAAAGGAUGCGACACACGUGGAGUGGGCUCGGGCCUGGAUCCAGACCCUCACGGAACUGCAACAGUUCAUCAAGCAACACCACACGACCGGGCUGGUGUGGUCGGGCAAGGAUAAACCGGUGGUCGGCGGGUCGGCCGUUCCACCGCCACCACCACCCGGCGGUCUGCCGCCGCCACCACCGAUGAUGCCGCUGGGCGAUAUGUCGGCGGGCGGCGUAGGGGACGACCGUAGCGCCCUGUUUGCCCAAAUCAACCAGGGGGCCGAAAUUACGAAAGGUUUAAAGAAGGUAACGUCCGAAAUGCAAACGCACAAGAAUCCCGGCCUCCGAUCGGGUCCCGCCCCGUACAAGGCCCCCGCGGGCGUUACCAAUGACACCAAGUCGGUGGCGGCUCCGGCAAAGGCGCCGUCCUUUACGCGCGACGGCAAGAAGUGGCUGAUCGAGUACCAGAAGAACAACGCCGAUCUGGUGGUCGAGAACGCCGAGAUGAACAACGUGGUGUACAUGUUCCGGUGCGAGGGCUCGGCGCUGCAGAUCAAGGGCAAAAUCAACAGCGUGGUGAUGGACUCGUGCAAAAAGUGUUCCCUCGUCUUCGACACGAUGGUUUCGUCGGCCGAGUUCGUCAACUGCCAGAGCGUGCAGAUGCAGGUUCUCGGUAAGGUGCCGACGAUCUCCGUCGACAAGACGGACGGUUGCCAGAUGUAUCUAUCGGCGGAUUCGCUCGGCGUCGAGAUUGUCAGCUCGAAGUCGUCCGAAAUGAACGUGAUGAUCCCGAAGGGAGCCACCGGUGAUUACGUCGAGCAACCUAUUCCGGAGCAAUUCAAAACGGUUGUGAAGGGCACCUCGCUGAGCACGACCUGCGUCGAAAGUCUCGGUUAAACGUGCGGUCCGCCAGCGAUCGGCCGUGUCGUGUCGUGUCGUGUCCGUAUGCGCUGUGAGGUUUUGUGCGUGAGUUUUAUUACAAGUUUAAUGGUAAUUUUCGCCGACUACGGACAGGAGGACCAGGGGAGACCACACACAC